AUGUCAUAUCAUCCAAAGUAUUGUACAAUUGCAUAUUUAAUUUCACAACUUUUAGAUGCAGUAGAUGGUCAAGCUGCUAGAGCUUUAGGACAACCUCGUAGGUACGGUGGUGUAUUAGAUAUGGUCCCUGAUCGGUUAGUUUUCGUAGGUACGGUGGUGUAUUAG